AAUGGCCUAACGUCAUCUGUUCAUCUGUAUCAGACUUUCAAUGUGCACAGACAAAAAAAUAAAAUUAGUUGUUACGUUACACCAACGAGUCGUAAUAUUUUGCCUCCAAUGUUCUUGAGAACACACCAAUUGUCAUUGUCUUACACCAAAUGAUCACUUCUAUCAUGCUUCUGGCAUUUGCUUACUUGUUCAGCUAUUUCCUUGCUUCAGUUUAUGGAGACUCAACCAACCAAUUGGAAGCAUGUGAAAAGAACAGGACUCCCUUUGGAUAUCUUUACAGCUCUGGAAGCUACUAUCCAGGGUUCAACGGUACAGACUGUAAGUUUGGGUACAGUUUGUUCAAUCACAAGACACCCAAGCUAGACUUGUCUGAUUCCCAGAUGACAAAGGAUCUCAAAAACAAUUCAAUAUGCCUCGAGCAUAUCAAAAUGCAGAGUGGAAAUGAUCCGGCAGAACUCUAUGGAAUCCACGUUGAGCUGGUCAUAGAGGGAAAAUUGAAACCACGAGGAUGGCCCAUUUUGUUUGAACAAACUCACACAGAGUUCAUGUUCAAGCAGUUGAACUUGACUCUGACGAGUGGAUUGGAAGAGAGAGGCACAAUGUUCUGUCUGGAACUGCAACACUUCAACCUGACAGUUCAUUCCACUAGUGGCAUGAUAGAGGUGUUGGUGUGGAUAGAUGCUCUCCCAAUCGACUAUUCAGAUUCAUACCAGGCGAGAUGGAUAAUAGGAGAUAUGGCGCCAAUCUCGAUACGAGGAGGUGGAAAAGAGUCUGAUUCGGUACACGGGGGCUUCACAUUUGAUCCCAGCGUGAUUGGAAUCUUGGCUGGAUUCUUCAUUUCCAUCUUGAUUCUACUGGCUGUCGGGAUCUACAGCGGAAACAGACUCCCCUGUGAAAAGAAUGAAUCUGCAGUGUAAAAUGACACACUGAAUCAAAUACAAACAACUUGAUUCAGGUCAUUGAAACGAUACGCAAAAUAGUACACUGCUCCACAGCUGGCCACGAAACUAGAAUGCAACCAGUACCCCGAACCUCCAUCCAUGAGCAAACGAAAUACCUUCAUCAAUGCCGGAAAUUUCGAGAACGACUGGCGUCAAGUUUUGAGAGAAGUUGAGAACACGACAGCAAAAUUUAGAAACUCGAGAGAAAUAGAAACUGGAAUUCAUAAUGGAUCACUUACGAAACUUCAAAAACAAAUAAACUUCAUAAUAGCUAACUUAACAAUUUUAACUAACACAAAUGCAUGCUUAGAUAGCAGACAACCAGGCUAAUUGUUCCGACUUUCGAUACAAAGUAACGGAAUAUUUGUGCUCGGGGUGGGUUUUUUUGGGGGCGUUAGACAGUGCCGAAGUUAGAGAGUGCCGAAAAAGGCGGGAAAUAUUGGAACG